GUCCGGUCAAAAGUUUAAAAGUUUUAUAUCUUUACCAAUUUUCCCAUAACUGCGCAAAUUUAACGCAAAUUCAUACACAAUGUCACAUCUGAACACAUGCAUAAACAGUUUUGAUCACAAUAGAUGCACAUGUAGAAUAUAGCUAUGGAUUCCAAUAUACAUGUAGGCAUAACAGCAGCUGUUGAUGAUGCUAAGACAGGCAGCAUAGUUACUAUGGUUACCGACAGUAAUACUGGGACUAGCAAUCCUGAUACCAUAGUUAAUGGUCUAACUAGCACCAUGAAUGUUGGUACUAGUGCCAUGGUCACUGAUAUUGAAACCAUGGUAAAUGACACUAGCACAAUAACUACAACUGCUGGAACCUUUGAUGAUGCGUUAGCUACAAAUACUCAAACCCUGGAAAAAAAUGUAGGCACCAUGGUAACACAAACUCCCAUAGUGGACAUAGAUACUGGGAAAACAGAAGCUAAUACUGACACCAUAAACAAAGAAACUGGUACCUUGGAAAUGCAACCUGCUACCAUAGUAACAAUAACAAAUACCAAUACAAAAGAAAUCAAAUCUGGGACCUUUGAUAGUGCAGUUUCUGAUACCAUGGUAGCAAAUACUAGCAACACAACAAGUGAGAGUGCUAUAGUUCUCAACACUGAGACCAAAAGUACACCAAACAACUUUGAACAACCUUCGGAAGUUGCAAUUGCUAGUAAUGCAAAUGGACCACAUGACAUGGUCACAUCACAGCAUAAGGAAUAUGAAAUGAAAUUCGAAAGAUUAAAACAGUUAUUAGCUGAUUUGGAACUCGCAUGUAAAGAAAAGGAUGAUGUAUGGAGUUACAUGUAUGUGGACAUCUACAAAAUGGCAAAAGAAGAACGCAUUGGAAAAGACAAUGAGCAUAAUGAAAAGGAUAAACGUGAUACCAGCAUCCAUUUGAAAGCUAUUCCAGGUCAAGAUCAUGAAGGAAAACAAACUGUUAAUCCUGUAACAGAUACUAUGAUAAAGUUCACUCUUGAUAUGAUGGACGAAUACCCUGAGGACAAAGUUAUAGUGUCCACAGUGAUAAAAACACUAGGAUAUAUGGCAGCAUCAGUUAAGUCAAAGAGGAAGAUCUGUUCAGUGAAGUUUGAUGUCGUAGAGGAUAUUCUACAGGCCAUGCGAAGAUUUCCGUCAUCUUCUAGUAUCCAAGGCAACAGUUGCUUCACUCUCAGAUUUUUUCUUUUUGGAGAUUCAGAGAGGCAGGAGGAUUUGAUGUCCAACAUUGCAGAUGUUGAAACAAUCGUAGAUGUUCUGACAUCACAUACACAUAAACCAAUCACAGUCAUGUUGGCUUGUGACAUCAUUGGAUUUCUUUCAAAAACAGAGGUUAACAGGCAGGUGUUUAUUGACCUCGGAGUGCAUAAUGCCAUAUGCCAGUUUGUGAAAACUGUUAAAUUAGACUCCAGAGUUUUAAUGUCCAUUGGCGCUGUACUCUAUAACCUUUCACAAGUUGCAUGUGUCCAAGAAGAUUUACUAAAUGGAAACUUACACCCAUUCCUGCUGACCCAUCUGAUCAAGUUUAACAGGAUUCCCCACAUUCAGAUGCUGCUCUUAGCUAUCUAUGAACAAAUGAUAAGCCACCUAGGUGUCGAUGAUGAGAUUGACAUUGGGGAGGCCGUUUGGUUGAAUCAAAUCUUUGUUGCGAUGACUAAAGACAGAGAAACUCCUGGUCUACAGGUGGCUGCGUGCAAAGUACUCAAGAGGCUUCUGGAGAUAAGGCCUCAUCUACAGGGACAAAUCGGGGAGAACACAGAACUAAAACAAGAUCCAUUGCAUACUUUAUGCCUCGGUGCACUUUUGAUACAUGGACGCAACAUUGACGUCUUCACAGCUGCCUGUGAUGCCCUCUACUGGCUGUCAGCAGACAAUGAGAGGUUACAGGGUUUACUAAUGCAGAAGAAUACUCACCUAGCAAUCCUAGAGGGGAUGCGUCUCCAUAGAAACAGUGCGGUUGCCCAGUGCUGUGGUUGUCGAGCAACCAGGGGACUGACAAUAUUCCUUCAUCCGGUGAAAGAAAAAAUAGUACAAAGUGGUGCAUUGUGGGAUAUGAUAUAUGCAUUGACGAGUUUUCCGCAGGACGUGAAUGUACAACAGGAAGCUAUAGGAGCAAUUGCAUGUUUGUGUGACGUGGAGAUAGUUCGUCACCAGUGUAUUGUAGAACAGGUCCAUCAGAAGAUUCUGUCUGCCAUGAGGAUACAUGCUUCAUCAGAAUUGUUGCAGGAGUUUGCACUGGAGGCUUUAACUGUACUAUGUGGGGCAGAGGGUGCCCCUGAUAUGCUGUAUGAGGCUGGGGGAUUAGAGAGAGUCAUGGCCAUCAUGCAAGAAUUCGACAGCAACUCUGCUAUACAGCAGAAGGGUCUGGUUGUCUUUCAACUACUGGCCAAUGAGAGGAUUCUACAGUAUGAGGGCCUAUGCAAGAACCUAGCUACUCUCAUUAUUGCCACCAUGAACAAUUUCCCCAAUACUCUGGCUAUACAGAAAGAGGGUUGUGUGGCAGUCCAAGUCCUGUCUGAAAUGGGCGAGGAAAUGGGGAGGACCAUGGUCCAUGUAGGAGCCCAUGAGACAUUAUUCAACAUACUUGAACUUUUCCCAGAUGAUCAAGGAACCCAUGAUCUGGCGAGUGAAUGUCUUUAUGUCCUCAGCUGCUUCAGGAAUCUCAAGUCUCAGAUGCUCCUCUCUGCAUGCAGUAAAGGCCUCAUCAGGGGUGCUGAGUGUCUUGUUGAGCUUGGUGCUGAUCUCAACAUUGGUCAGGGCACAGAUACUCCACUUUGCCAAGCUGUACUGAGAACAGAUGAGGACAUGGUCAAGUUCCUUAUAGAAAGGGGUGCGAGUGAUACACACACUGCAUUGAGACUAAGUCUGGGACUAGAGGCACAUAACAUCACUGGACUCAUUCUUAAACAACUGGGCUAUGACAAGGAUGCUGGAAUUGUAUCAUGGAGUGGUCUAAAUCUGAAGGGAAUGCCUCCAGCAUGGUUCUGUCCCACAUUAUAUGGAGACACUGCUGAAUCCUCCAUAUCAGAAUUGAGUAAGGCUCUUGCAUCAAGAAUAAAGAAAAGUGAAUACAAAAGACAGAAGCGUAUAAUGAUGCGAAACAGUAUGCCCGAGUUCCCUUCAUCUGAUGUCUUAGCACCAAGCACCAGACUGCCCUUGAGGUUUGGCUUGCGGAAAAGUUUAUCAGCCGUCAAUCUUAGUAACAUUAGUUCAGAUGCCAUGGAGGAUCUGCAGAACAGUUACACAAAGCCAGUCAUUAAGCAGCCCAUUAGUCGAAAGACUUCUUUCUCCGCUGCUUUGUCAAAGUUUCGUAGAUUAUCUAGUCGCAAACACAGCAGUAUUGGUGCUAUGGGGUCUCCUGAUGAUGUCAGACCCCUUAGUGUAGAAACAAUUGUUGAACAUGGGUCAUCAUCUCCAGAAGAAAACGACAUUCUCUCAGAGUUUGUGCAAUAUCCCAAAGAACUUGAAGAUUGGCAUAGGAUAACGUUGACUGGGUCAAAUGUGCCAUUCAGUCCCCUUGACCCAAGACGAAGUGUGGAAAAAGUAACAUACAGAAAACCUAGACUCUCACCAGGAACCUGGCAGAGAAAAUCCCCGGUGAUAUUUGACAGUACUCAGACUCCUCCAAGUUCUCCAUCAUUUCAAGACUCUGCGUUCUUCUCAACAAGUUCUCGCUUUUCAAGUCCUAGACGCAGUAUGCCACUGAGCCCUACUCAAUUGAAACCUAAAUUUCUAAUGGGGGCAGGGUCAUUCAAUAGUCCUACAGUGGAGUCCAACAGGCACACUAGAUCAGCAUCCAUGAAAGAUAACUCUGAGGAUGCCUUGGGAUUCUUGACCCCACAACCAGGUGGCACUGGGAGAGAAGCGCCCCUAGACAGUGCUCAAGACAAUGCUCCAGAGACACGUAAAGCAUCACGAAGCGGAUCUUUGAGUAAUCUGCAAUUGUUAUAUAAUCAUCCAAUCACAGAGUUGACGUCACAUCGAAACAAGAUGCUCAUCAUUGACAUCUCAGCUAACGAUAUUCAGUCAAUGUCUCCCCUAGCAACAGCCAAAAGAAAUAUACUGACUGGCUUUGAGUUUGUUGAACGAUUAGACGUCAGUCAGAAUAAAUUGACGGAAUUCCCGGGUGAACUAUUGAGGUUUAUGCCGCAUCUACAAUCAUUAGAUCUACAUGAUAACAAACUUCAUCUAUUCCCCACUGAGAUCUUUAGCUGCAAUAAGCUGUGUACCCUAGAUCUGUCACAUAAUGAAAUAACAGAUUCCAGUGAUAUUCCUGACACUAGUUUGUUUAGUUUGAAAACCUUCUACAUGGCACACAACCAGCUGUCCUCGUUUCCCCAGUGGGUUAGUUCAUCUCUACCUGGGCUGGAACAACUUAACUUAGCCAGCAACAAGAUACAGGUCCUACCAAGCAAGCCCCUGCUGUUGAGGAGACUACUAUCCCUCAAUCUAUCCUACAACUACAUCAAAUGUAUUCCCGACGAUUUCCUCAAAGAACUUAAUAUGUUAGGGACACUCACAAUGGCCCAUAAUGAACUCGAUGGUUUACCACCUGAGGAGACAGCCAGAUUGUUGACGAGACUUGCCACCGUAAACCUUUCUAACAAUCAACUUGGUGAAAAGGAACCUCAAUUCAUUCCUCGAUUCCUCAUGCAGUUAAACAGCUUGAAGUGUUUGGAUCUGAGCAGUAAUGGGCUGACAGGAUUUCCUGGUCCUUCCUCCUUUGCUGCCCAGGGAAUGAGAGAGCUCUUCCUGCAGAGGAACAGUAUUGUCAAGCUGAACCUGGAGAACAAUGCUAAACAAUGGCUGACAAUGGAAAGGCUCAAUCUAAGCCACAAUAAACUAACUGAGCUUCCUAAAGAACUUGGGUACUGGGUGUCACUAACUUCCCUGGACAUAAGCCAUAACUCCGGCCUUACCAAUCUACCUGACCAGCUGGGGAAACUCUCCAAGCUGUGGGAAUUUCCCCUCGAUGGCUUAAACCUCAAUUUGGAUGAAAGUAUAAGAAAAGGAAGAACUAAAGAUUUGAUUGUCUAUCUCCAUGAGAAGUUGAAAAAGUCUGUGGAGUACUACCGAUGCAAACUGAUGCUAGUAGGCUAUGGGGCUAGAGGGAAGUCAACACUUCUAUGUGCUCUUGUCAAGGAAAAACACCCCGAUAAAAGCUAUGCUACUGUAGGCAUUUUAGUGAAAGAUUGGAAGUUUAGCAGACGUAAGAAGGAUCGUGUUGUAACUUAUAACCUAAGCACCUGGGACUUUGCAGGCCAGGAAGAUUUCUACAGCACCCACCAGUGCUUUAUGUCGCAUAGGUCCCUCUACCUUGUAGUGUAUAACCUCGAGAAUGGGCAGUCGGAGAUUGCAACAUUACGUCCCUGGCUGUUGAACAUCCAGGCUAGGGCCCCACAUUGCCCUGUCAUCAUAGUUGGGACACAUCUUGACCUGCUUCCUAAAGAGGAUCGUGAAGAGCAGGCAAAAGAAAUGAGGAGUAAAAUUGGAGAAUUGUGUCGCAAGCCAGGAUUUCCAGAUGUCAUUGGUUUUGCAGAGGUAUGCUGUACGCGGGAAAACAUUGGUGUUGAGAAACUAAGAGAUCUCAUCAAGUCGACUCUUGACAACUUUAAAGUGAAAGGCCAGAAUGUUAUGGGACAGAAGGUACCUGCAAGUUAUGUUAAACUGGAGGAACUGUUAUCCCGGGAGGCAAAGAAUCUUGGAUAUCCAGUAAUACGACACAAACGUCUCGUAAAAAUUGUUAAAGAUGCACAGCUUGACCUAGAUGAAGAUGAACUCUUGCAAGCUGUUCGUUUCUUACAUGAGUCAGGUUCUCUAUUGCACUAUGAAGAUGAGGCUCUGCAGUUAAAGGAUUUGUAUUUCAUUGACCCAGAAUGGCUUUGUCGUAUGAUGGCCCAAGUUGUUACUGUUAGAGAAAUCAACCCAUUCAUCAGUGACAUUGGGAUCUUAAGGAAGGAAGACGUACGCAUGUUAUUCACUGGAAAGAGGGUCGGAGAUGCAACCAAAUAUUCAUUCCCAUCUGUACUAAUACCACAGUACCUCAGGAUGCUUGAAAAGUUUGAAAUUGCCCUACCCCAGAAUGAAGAAGAACUUCUAAUACCAUGUCGACUGCCAACACAACAUCCAGAUAUCAAACUGCCAACUAAACGUGGGUCUGGUGUUGUCCAUAGACAUUACAGAAUGCCUUACAUCCCUCUUGGAUUCUGGUCACGCCUCAUAACACGUCUCUUGGCUUUCGUCAACAAUGCAGAUAAGAGAGGAGAACCUACCCCAGUGAAGCAACAAUACUGGAGGGACGGGAUAUACUUCUACUGGAAACAAGAUGCAUUUGUCUUAAUAAACACCAAAACCAAUGAUUCAGAAAUUGUUGACAUUCAGGUCCCUGGUACUUAUGAGGGUGGUGUGUUACUGGGUGAGAUUGUGGACCACAUUGAUGAGUUAAUUGAUGAAUGGUACCCUGGUUUGGCUGAUAUGGAUCCUCUUGGAGAAGAACUUGUCAAAAGAGAGGUGCCAUGUAUAGCAUGUAAAGGUAGGCAACUUACUAUGCAACCUCCUCAUGGUGUGGUAUACUUGUCAAAAGAGGGGUGCCAUUGCAUAGCAUAUAAAGUUAGGAAACUUAUUAUCCAACUUCAUUGA